AUGGGAUACCUUUUUGAAGAAACCUUAAGCUCUAACCCUAAAACCCCAAUUGCUAUUGGUGAUGAUAAUGAGUUGGGUUUGAUGGCCGUUAGACUUGCUAAUGCCGCAGCCUUUCCAAUGGUUCUCAAAGCUGCCAUCGAGCUCGGUGUCUUUGACACUCUCUAUGCCACCUCUGAGUUCCUCUCACCUGCUGAGAUAGCGAGUAGGCUACCAACUACGCCUCGCAACCAUGAGGCUCCCGUUUUGUUGGACCGGAUGCUUCGUUUACUUGCUAGCUACUCCAUGGUCAAGUGCGGUAAGCUCUCAGCCGGAAAGGGCGAGAGGAUCUACAGAGCCGAGCCAAUUUGCAGGUUCUUCUUGAAAGAUAAUAUUCAAGAUAUUGGAUCCCUUGCUUCUCAAGUCAUUGUCAAUUUUGACAGUGUCUUCCUCGAUACAUGGGGACAAUUGAAAAAUGUGGUGCUAGAUGGAGGAGAUGCAUUUGGUCGUGCACAUGGUGGCAUGAAACUCUUUGACUACAUGGGAACAGAUGAGAGAUUUAGCAAACUCUUUAAUCAAACUGGAUUCACCAUUGCGGUGGUGAAGAAGGCUCUUGAAGUUUACCAAGGCUUCAAAGGUGUGAAUGUGUUAGUCGAUGUGGGAGGAGGAGUUGGUAACACUCUUGGUGUUGUUACUUCAAAGUAUCCCAAUAUUAAGGGUAUCAAUUUUGAUCUCCCUUGUGCCUUGGCGCAAGCGCCUUCUUAUCCCGGUGUUGAACAUGUCUCGGGAGAUAUGUUUGUGGAUGUCCCAACCGGAGAUGCUAUGAUCUUAAAACGUUUACUUCAUGAUUGGACCGAUGAAGAUUGCGUGAAGAUUCUUAAGAAUUGUUGGAAAUCACUACCGGAGAACGGUAAAGUUGUUGUCAUAGAACUAGUCACUCCUGAUGACGCGGAGAAUGGGGACAUCAACGCGAACAUUGCCUUCGACAUGGACAUGCUAAUGUUCACACAAUGUUCCGGCGGAAAAGAGAGGUCACGAGCUGAGUUUGAAGCUUUAGCCGCAGCUUCUGGUUUCACUCGUUGCAAAUUCGUUUGUCCCGCUUAUCAUUGCUGGAUUAUUGAGUUCUGUAAAGAAAAUAUUUAA